AUGUGGUCCACCUCCUACGACAUCCUCAUCGUCGGCGCCGGCAUCGCCGGCUCUGCCCUCGCCCACUCCCUCUCCGCCGCCUCCCUCGAACGCAAACGGCCUCUGAACAUCUGUCUCCUCGAACGCUCCCUCGCCGAGCCCGACCGCAUUGUCGGCGAGCUCCUCCAGCCCGGCGGCGUAAUGGCGCUCCGCAAACUCGGUCUCGCUGGCUGCGUCGAAGGCAUUGACGCGAUCCCCACAUUCGGCUACUGCGUCAUGCUCGACGGCAAGCCCGUGCACAUCCCUUACCCCGACGGCCACGAGGGCGUCGCGUUCCACCACGGCCGCUUCAUCCAGGCGCUGCGCGCGAAGGCACGCUCUGCCCCAUGCGUCGACGUGGUCGAGGCCACCGUCUCGGAGCUCAUCGAGUGCCCGAUGACGGGGCGCGUGCUCGGCGUGCGCGCGACGCGCCGCGAGGAGGGCGCGGUCGAGAAGGAGGCGUUCUUUGCGGACCUCACUGUCAUAGCGGACGGCUGCUUCUCCAACUUCCGGAACAAGGUCAUGGGCACUGCGGGGAUCACGCCGGAGGUUAAGGGUCACUUCGUCGGCAUGGUCCUCGAGGACGCGCAGCUCCCCAUCCCCAAGCACGGCACCGUCAUGCUCGUCGAGGGCUUCGGACCCGUGCUCUCCUACCAGAUUGGCACACACGAGACGCGGAUACUCAUAGACGUGAAGAACCCGGUCCCGUCAGACUUGAAGGCUCAUAUCCAAAAUAACAUCAUCCCCCAACUCCCUGCCGCCCUCCACGCCCCCGCAAAAAAAGCUCUCGAGAACGACCGUCUUCGCCGAAUGCCCAACUCAUUCCUUCCUGCCGCCGAGCAAGGCAAGCAGACCAGGGAGGGCGUCAUCCUUCUCGGCGACUCGUGGAACAUGCGCCAUCCACUCACCGGCGGAGGGAUGACCGUCGCGUUCAACGACGUCGUCAUCCUCCGCGACCUCCUCCUCGACGCCAAGCAUCUCGCAGACUGGCCAGAGAUGUCGAAGCUCCUCAACCGGUGGCACUGGGCGCGCAAGCCGCUUUCGUCGACCGUCAACAUCCUCAGCGUCGCGCUGUACGACCUCUUCGGCGCCGACGACCCUAGUCUCGAAGUGCUCCGGACAGGAUGCUUCAAGUACUUCGAGCUCGGCGGCGCAUGUGUCCGCGAUCCCGUGAGCCUCCUCGCCGCCAUCGAGCAGGCGCCGUUCUUACUCUUCCGGCACUUCUUCACGGUCGCCUUCUACUCCAUCUGGGUCAUGUUCACGCAUCCGCGCCAGGUGGGCGUGAUCGACGGUAAGCCCGUGCUCCGCCGGCCGCGACCGGACGAGUACCCCUUCCUCGCGUUCAAGAGCAUACAGGUGUUCUGGAUGGCGUGCAUCGUGUUUUUACCCCUCGUCUGGACAGAAGUCGGCAACUAG